UUUGACUAAAGUUCAUCCACACUGAUACCAGUCGCUCUCGAUAAUGACAAAGAUCAAGCCCAGGCUCAUUGCGCGCAUAUCUUGCCAAGAAUGCCGACGAAGAAAGACUCGUUGCAACUUUGAUGGCCAGAGCGACAAAUGCUCCACCUGCGCCAGGAUCGGAACAGCCUGCAUUUUCGCUCAAAAGAAUGGCGUUAUCCUCGAUAUUGAUAAGGUCAUGGAAGAAAACAACCCACAUCUAGUUCAUCAACGAGAGAAAGAACAGAGAGCUCGAGAACGAGAGCGUGAACGUCUAAACAACAUACCUGCAUCUUCUGUAUCUGUACCGGCUUUUGGUCAGCAUGCAAUGGACAUGUCCACCUAUUCAAAGUCAACGCCCUCUUCCUCUUUUCUCUCUGGAUACCCUAACAGACCAAGCAGGAGUAAUAGUACCUCCAGUUUAUUUCCUUCAAUUGGACGAUCUUCGCCUACAGAAGAUCUUUCCCAAGUGAUGGACCGUCUACAGCUCGAUACCUUUGGCGUUGCGCCCCAUACUCUUCGUAGUUUCAGUCAGAUUGUAGAAGACAAUGAUUCGAGAGAGACUUCCUCAGGAGAAGAAUUUUCCGAUAUAGAAUCACAUGUGAUCAGUGGCCAAAGAGAGCUUAAAUCAGCUUCCCCAGAAAUUAAGCAAUCCAACAUGAGUAAACGUAAUAGUGGAGGAAGCAGUCCAGGAGUACAUCAUCGUUCUUCCAGGAGUCGAUCAGUACCCUUGGUGGACAUUCAGCCGGACUUGAUUGAUCUCUAUUUCCAACACAUUCACCCAUAUUAUCUGAUUUUACACAAGCCAAGCUUCAUACGACGCUUAAACGAUCCUAAAGAUCCUGUACCUGAUUUUUUAUUGGCUGCUAUCUACGCUAUAGCAUGCAAUUAUGCUCCUGGCCGUGAACAGGAUGGUAGACGCUAUUUUGAGCUCUGGCUUAGUCGAUUAGACGAUACUCUGGACAAGCCUAGGUUAUCGACCAUCCAGGCACUCUUACUGAUCAUCAAAUAUCAAGAGGGCGUAAAGCAUACUGGUUUUUACUUCCGCACAUACAUGUACGCACAGAUGGUGAUCGUUCUCGCGCGGGAAUUGCAACUUCAUAAAACUUCGCCAGUCAACGUGAAACUGAAUCCAGAAAGUCACGAAGUACGCCGUAGACUUUUCUGGACGGUCUUUGUAUUGGAUCAAUUUAUUUCCAUCUCGCAAGGACGUUCCAUGAGCUUUAACGAGGUUGAGCCAGAGGCUGACAUGCCCUGUGUCGACAAUGAGGAUCCUAAUGAUCCUCAAGAGAUUGAAAACAUCCACAACAUCGUUGAAUAUAUCAAGCUGGCUAAGGUCAAUCACCGAGCAAUAUAUCUGGUCCGAAAGUUCAGUGCAAAGAAGGUUAAGCCUGAAGACGCACUUCAACAAGGCCGGACGAUCCGUGAUAUGAUGAUUUCAUGGAGAGAGAACUUGCCACCUCGACUUCGAUUGGCAUCAAAUAUGUCGCCACAUACACCCUUUGUUGCAAUGAUCCAUUCAAUCCACCAUAUAUGCCAAAUGAUGCUCGAGCGUUGCUAUGGUGAAGAUCCAAAUAUUAGCCAGCAUGAAAUGUCUGUGACAGCCAGAGAGACGUCUACAAUGAAUGCCACUACUAUCACAGUAAUUGUGGACGAUGUUUACACGAAUCAUGGAAUCGUUCCUUUGACCUACCCGAUACGUGGUUGCUAUUUUACCAUCUAUUGCCUCAUUGCGGCAGCGACAGUUCAGGCAAACGAUAUCCGGCGAGGUGUCAAUAACCCUAUAAUGUUUAAACGAACUUUAGCACUUCUAAAUAUCCUUCUCCGGGAAUCAACGGCGACCGAUAUCGAGAAACAAAUCGAGCUCUUAAAAAGCUCCACCGACAGUUCAAUGGAAGGCCCUCGCAAUGAACAGGUUUCAACAUCGACGCCUUGUUAUCAUGAUCAACGUCCUCAACUGAAACCCAUCCUUCCAAUGUCACAAAAAUAUGGAGCUAGGAUGAAUUUUACGUCAGGAGCAUCACCCAUCCGCAUGAGAAAAAUAUCGCCCAAAAUGUCAGGGCCUUCCUCAACUUCAAAUAUCGCUCCUGUAUCUCCUGCGGUAGUUUCUGCAAGGAUGGCAACUCAAAUCCCAGGGAAGAGCGGUUCUUCUAUCAGUCGAGUGACGCACGGCAAGGGCUCAAGCAAGAUCUGCGAUUUCGGGGAGCCUUUGGUAAGCGCCCCCAUCAUCCCUUCUUCCGGUCCGUCUCUGUUGCCAUAUACCUCUUCACCCUUUGGUAUGUCUGGUCCAGCUGAUCAUCAUAAUUUGGCCUCAGGGCUGACGAACCAAUCAGGAACAAGUACGAGUUCAGCCCGGCCAUUGCAGCAUGGCUCAACGCCAUCCCAUGUACAGAGUGAUAACAAAAAGUUAGUUCAACAAGCAACAUACAAGUCCGAACCACAGCAACAGCAACAGCAACACGAAGAUUUAACGCAAAGCUUCAAGUCAUCUCCUUCACCCGAUAUGCCUAGUAUAUCAUUGUCGUCAACCCUCGUCUCAUCUGAACCACAAACAACCACCUCAUCUGAUCCGAGUCUCUAUCUACACUCCGUACCAGGAUUCGUAGACAUGAAUCCCCUUUCAUCAGAAUUUAAUACUUUUGAUUUAGCGCAGCGUCAGAUAUCAGCUGAUAAUAAUUCUCAGAACUCUACCCCACUCUUGUCAGUGGCUCAACUUUUGGCGCUUCAAGAAGAACAGCAGCGUCUUCAUCAACAACAACACCAGCAGCAUCUCCCUAGUGUACCUCAGUCUGGCUCGUCAUUGAACCGGCUGACGGCGGCGCAAAUUCAAGAGCAACACCGCUUAAACCAGCAACGUCAGCUCUUGGAAUUCCAGCGGCGGCAACAAGAGCAGCCAAGAUCGGAAUUUAAAGUGGAUAAUUUCCUGUCCAACUUCUCGGCUCUGAACAAUUAUCAACAGCUCAACUCUGACCAACAACAGAGAGAGUUAAUGUCGAUGCUUGACUCUUCAGUGGCUAAAUACCAAGACGGAUUCAGUCAAGAGAAUGAUCUUGAUUUUGCAUCAACUUAUUUGCAACGACACCAGCGCCAUCAUCAGCAACAGCAACAGCAGUUACAUAAUGCUCUUCAACAUCAAAACAACAUGCAUGUGCAGACCCCAUUGACGCCUUCAAGUAUCACUUCACCGGGAUUUAGCCAGACACAGUUCUCGAAUAGUCAUUCUUUAAGUUCUCAAAACUCUUCAUCUCCUUCUCCUUCUCCGGCUUCUUCAGGGAUGCGAGAAACCCAUCAGGGAACAUCAUCGGCGGAGAUAGCGACGCCUAUUUUGCUUGGGCAAGAUACUCCCUCACCGGAGACCUUCCCUCAUUUGGAUAUGACUGAGGCAUUCCAGAAUUAUUUAUGCCCAGGCAGUACAGUCCCUGUAGGCCUCCGAGAUCUUCUAGAUGACGCUAGCAAGAUUUUCAAGUUUCAGGCGCAGCCUCAGGAAGACGAGACAGGCACUGAGUAUAAUGCUACAAAUUAAUAAAGAUAGCAACAAUAGCCAUAUGCC